CACACCAUUACCAAUACCGAUAACGAAUCAAUCAAGUUGUUACUGUUUCGAGCAUUGCCAAUUUGCCAUACAUAGCGUGUGCCGAUGAUGAUGAAGCACAUGUGAAUGUGAGAUUCCUUUGCCAUUCGAUUCCGAUUGCGGUUCCGGGCAGAAUUGAUGGAUAAAUCUUCAUCAUCAUCGGAAAAGACGGCGAUUUUGGACGCUCCGCUGCAAGCGUUCGGAUUCCAGAUUGAGGAAUUGUCUCCGAAUAAGGUCUCCGGGCGGCUUCUGGUGAGCCACAAGUGCGUUCAGCCGUUCAAGGUGCUACAUGGAGGUGUAUCGGCCCUCAUAUCGGAGGCACUGGCCAGCAUGGGAGCCCACAUGGCUUCCGGUUUUCAGAGGGUCGCCGGAAUUCAGCUCAGCAUCAAUCAUUUGAAGCGUGCAGAGCUCGGCGACCUUGUUUUUGCCGAAGCCACCCCUUUCAACAUUGGCAGAACCAUUCAGGUAUGGGAGGUGAGACUCUGGAAAGUUGACCCUUCAGCUUCAAACCAAGAGAAGAAGGUGUUGGUAGCCUCCUCUAGGGUCACUCUUCUCUGCAACAUGCCUGUGCCUGAGGAUGCCAAAGAUGCUGGAGAAAACCUCAAGAAGUUUGCUAAAUUGUGAAACAAAAGAUGUUGUAGUAACAGUUGUUAAUCAUGGAACACUUCAAAUUUUAUCCAUCUUCUGUCAAUUGUUUGUAUCAAAAUAAACAAGAUUGAUCAUGCAACUUUAUCAUCAAUACAAGUUACUUCUUGUUUAUCA